CAGAAUACAGAUGUCUACUGUUUUAUUUUUGGUUAAUAUGAAUUGAAGCAGAUAUAGCCUAAUUCUCUUUUGUAGUAUUAGAAAUAUAUCAUACUUACAUUUGGUUUGUUAUAUUUUAGUAUGUCAUUUUUAUUUGCAGUCAUUUUGUAGAAUUACAAAUUUAUCGUGGUUUAGUUGUAUUUUAUUUCAGUGUGAAUCCAGGAACAUCAACAGAUUAUCUUUGUUUUAAUGCAAGAAUCCAGUUGAUUGGUCUUGGCUGAAGAAGAAUAUCUUGCAUACUACAUAUAUUAUAAUGGAAGACAAAAAACUUGCAUUCCUUGACUUAUUUUGGGAGGACAUUUUGUAUACCAAAAUAUUACCACUACUUUCUCUGAAAGAUCUGUUCCUUAUGAGAAGAGUGUCGAAGCAGUUCAAAUUAUUAAUUGAUAGCUACUUCGGUCAAAUGAAAGUGCUUAAUAUCAGUCUUUUCAGUCAAAUUGCAAAUCAUAUUGCUGUAAAGGACGAUGACUAUUAUAUUAACACGGCACAGUCUAUUUUAUUUUCUACAAGACCACUGAAGAUAAUCUUUACUGAACCGUGGAAUGAAUUAUUUAAUGCAGAACCAGUACUAAUGAAAAGGGUAGUAGAACAACUGAAUGCAGCUGAAUUGAAAUGCUGGCUUGUAGUACAGCAGCAUUGUACAAGCCUACAAGUAGUAAUGAUGGCGAAUUGUGAUUGGUUGACAGACGAUCUGCUUGUUCCUCUUCUACAAAAUAAUGACUCAAUCACAAAACUUAUUCUUAACAAUUGUUUAAAUUUAUCAAGUAUUUGUCUACAACCUGCAAUGAUUAAAAGUAAGAACCUCAAGACCCUAAAUCUGGCUAACUGCUAUUGGUUGACAAUUGGAUGUCUCCAUGCACUCACUUUACACCAACACGGUCUAGAAGAGGUGGAUUUCUCAGGCUGUAAUUUAAUCAGUCGAGAUUCACUGAAUAGAUUCUUAAUGAUUUCUUCAAAAAUAAAGGUGUUGAAUCUAUCACGUCUGCAAUGUGUCAAUGACAUGACGUUGUCACUGCUUGCUCGAUGUGCCAAACAGUUGGAGACGUUAAAUAUAUCUGAUUGUGUAACUGUCACUGGGUAUGGCAUGAGUUUGCUGAUCGAGUACUGUCACAACCUGGAAAGUGUCUCUUGUGCCAAUUGUCCUCUAGUCCACAACAACCUCAAAAUUCCAGCUUCCAAGAAUGUUCGUCUAAUACCACCUCAUCCCAACAUACCAAAAGUUAUUUUGUGUAGAGUAAAUGUUUAAUUUUAUGUCACGUUUGGCUAGCUAUAUUGUUAUUCUAGUUUUAUAAAUCACAAAACUGUAAGAUAAAAGUGAUUCUUCAAACAACUUUUGUAAUAUUUAACAAAAUAUAUUUUACACUUUUGUAAGACGAAAUGAAAUGAGUAAUAUUUUAAUUACAA